GGGAAUGGAAAGUGGGAUGGAAAGCACAUGGGACGAUCGCUGUGAGGUGCUCUGCAGGAGAUAAAGUCCAAGAAUAAGGUUGAAGUAAAUUUAAAACACAUGAACGGGAUGAAAACAGGACAUAGAAACAGAACAAAGACAGAAGUGAGAAGAACAGACGGAAGAAGGACGAAAGUCUAGAGGCACUUGCGGUCCCCAAAAUACGGAAUACGGAACAAGUUAGGGAUAAAGAAUAGGGAGCAAGAAAGAGAAUCGGUGCACUUGGGGAAAGGAGUUGAGAUCACUGCAGUAAUCAGGAAAUUCUGUUUGUAGAGUGUUACUUGAGGAAUAAAGAAGAAUCGACGAUAGCACAGUGAGAUGAUUAAAGGGCUCGCUCUCACAUCGUAACCACCAGGCAGAUAAAGAGAGUAAGACCAGAGUCUCUACGCUUCAGAGGAUUUGUGGGCGGUGGGCUUUGAACACAGUGUGUCAGGGUCGCUUCUCGAGCAACAGCUUCUCAGAUUUCUUUGGGAAAAGUUGGGAGAGAACUUGAUUUCCAAAAUGCCAGUAAAUUACAGUGGCUACUGGAGAAUGCAAUCCAAUGAGAACUUUGAGGAGUACCUCAAGGCACUAGAUGUAAAUGUUGCUUUGCGUAAAAUCGCAGUUCUACUGAAACCCGACAAAGACAUUUCCCAGACUGGAGACCGUGUGGUCAUUAAAACCAUCAGCAGCCUCCGCAACUAUAUCAUGGAGUUCGAUAUUGGCAAAGAGUUUCAAGAGGAUUUGAAGGGGAUUGAUGAUCGUCUGUGCAAGACCACUGUUACCUGGGACGGGGACAAACUUGUGUGUGUGCAAAAAGGAGAGAAAGAGGGCCGUGGAUGGACUCAUUGGAUAGAUGGUGAUGAACUACACCUGGAAAUGCGGGCUGAAGGCGUAACAUGUAAGCAAGUAUUUAAGAAGGUCCAUUGAAGAACCUCAAUGCAGGACUGGAGAAAGGCCAGAGAGACAUUGGCUCAAGCUGGCUGCAGCCUCGAAGAGUUUCAUCAAGAAAAAAAACUUUCAUAUCAGUACAGAUUGUCUUACGGUCAACCUUUCAAAUGUUACAAAAAAUAAGUUGUUGGAUGUCAUUUUUAAAAUCGGUGUCAACAUAAAUUACUUAAUUGAAAGCUAAAUUUAAUCAGAUCUGUAAAGUCGAUUUUUUUUGGCCCUUAAUGCUUCACUAAAAUGCGUGCAAGUCUAUGCUGUGACUUAAGUUGCAAGGUUUUCAAUCAGAUGCUCAUGUCUCAAUCCACUCACUCCUGUGAAUCUAGAUCAAACAAAUCAUUAACUAACUGCCACAUUGGAAGUGUAACCGUCAUCAUUUCCCAUUGUGGUUCACUUUGCUCCUGAUAUGAAACCUUCCCCUGCCUUUAUGGCCAUAGUAAAUGUGAAUAUUGCAACACAGUGAUUUUAAAUAUAUAUAUAUUAAACCUCG